AUGAUCGACUAUUUGAUCAGACAUUACGAUACAGAGCAAAUCUUAGUUCCUGAUAAUGAAGAUGAUAAAGAAUUGGUCAACUACUACUUGCAAUUUGCCGAGGGCAGUCUUCAACCAUUCUUGGUGUCGUUGUUAGUCAACAACAUGGCCAAGAAAAUGGCACCAUUCGGGGCCGGGUUUUUGGUCAACAAAGUUGUUCUGCAAAUCAAUGCUUUAUAUUACGGGCCAGAGUUAAUGAAAUCCCUUGACUUUUUGGAAAAUAACUUGAAAAAGAACAAAGGGAAGUUCUUUGUAGGAAACAAAUUGACCGGAGCCGAUAUAAUUUUGAGUUUCCCAAUAUACGAUAACGUUUUUGGUGAUCUCGAAAGAACAAAGGCUAUGACUGGUGGCAAAAUUGAUGUUGUCGCCAAGUAUCCAACCUUGAAGGCCUGGUCUGAUACUAUUAGUAAAGAACCUAAAUUGCUCAAGGCUAAUGAAAUUAUUGAUGCCAAGGCUGGUGUCUCAAAGUUGUAA